GGCCUGCGGGGGGCAGCAGAGCGAGCCGCGGCUACAUUUCCCGAUAAGUAGAAGGAACUGAAACAUGUGAGCAGCAGCAGCAGCAGUAACGGAAACAUGGCGAUGCCCGCUUGUGCAGCUCAUCUCUGUCGCCUGGCAGGACGGACUGUCACCUCACUGUCAGGCAGACACAGGCGGGUUGUCAGCCUGCCAGCGAGGAGAUGCUACGUGUCGACCUCGACGGGGAACAAUCUUCAGUUCAGACUUGAUGAACGAACAGCUCACAGCAGUCUGGACCUCUUCAAGAAAGACACCGGUGUCAUCUACCGCAUUCUGGGUCUGGACCCCAGCCACGUGGAAAACAACCCUGAACGUUUCCGAGACUGGGCCGUUGUGUUUGGCGAUGGGAAGAUUAACAGCGGACGACACUACUGGGAGGUGACGGUCAAAAAGUCUCAAGAGUUUCGUCUGGGCGUGGCCGAGACGCUGAUGUCCCGAGAGGACUGCGUGGGCACCAACAGCUCCUCCUGGGUGUUCGGCUAUGCCCAGCGCAAGUGGUUUGUCAUGACCAACAAUAAGAUAGUUCCUGUGACGCUGGUGGGGAAGCCGGACCGCGUAGGCAUCCUGCUUGAUUAUGAAGCGGGCCUUCUGGGGCUGGUGGACAUCGAAAAACCCAGGAUCAUUCACACCAUCAGGGCCCAGUUCAAGGUUCCCCUCUGCCCUGCGUUUGGACUUUGGGAUGGGGAGCUGCUCACACAUUCUGGCCUGGAGGAGCCUGAAGGGCUGAAGUGAAGCGGGAUGAACUGUGAUGGCGAUGAUUGUGAUGGCCAUAAGAGGCCUUGUGUUUGGCCACAUUUCAGCAAUAUCUACAUGGGAAUCAUUUACAGCUUCUUGCAGGUGAUGGUUAAUUUCCCCUGGUCCAGCUGGUUCAUUAUCGCGACUCUUAAUAAUGCAAGUUCAUACUUCAUGUAUGUCAUUCAGCCUCAGGCAAUCACGUCGCAAAAGAGGUUUCUAUUUGUACCUUAUGUAUUACCUCUCACACUAACUGAUGUGAAAAGAUUGUGUUAACUGCCAAGUUGUUGUUUUACACUGUGUUCUGGUAUUAUACAUAGUUACAAAGCUGAAGUCUCAUGUUUAUAUUGUAUAUUGUUUAGUAAAAUAAG